UAACAGUUUGGAAUCUAACAGUAUGGGGACCUGACUGUAUAUAAAGAGCAAAUUGAACAGAUAUGUUACUUUUACAAGAAAUUUGUAACUGUCGACAUAAAAAUUUCGAGAUGUAUAAAAUUCUAUGUCUACUUCUCAUUUGUGUUGAUUUUCUACAAGCGGAAGACCAUACGAUUCAGAUAACAUGGGGAGAAAUGUAUCAAGGACUAACUACCCUUUUAAGUGUGAAACACGACAAAAAUGCAACAAAUAUUACUUGGAAUAGAAAUGUCUCCGAAAAUAAAAAUCCUUUAAGAGCUACUUAUAAAUUUAUUUAUACAUCACUAAACAAGACACGAUCUGCUAAUACUUCAAAUCUGUGCACUCCGGCUCCUAAGGGCAGUGUUAUGGAAGUUUCUCAGACAUUUCUCUUGAAAACCAUAACAAAUUCUGAGAAUUGUCCAAUUAAGAAGGGAACAACAGUCAGUUACUCGACACCAUUUAAAUACACUUACAAAAUUAAUAAAUCUUAUGGAUGUGGAGAGUUUAAAGCAGAAAUGAAAUUGUUUAGGCAGAAUAGGAUUACAAACUUAUUUCCAAUAUUGGUGCAUAAAUUUGGUGGAACUGUCAGUGGCUGUUAAAUUUAAUAUUAAUUAUUAACUAUUAUAAAAUAUUAAAGAGUGUAUUCUAAAAUGAAAACUAAGAUUAAAUAAAACUUUUUAUUUUUUAUGUAUUUAA